AUGGCUUCCGGGCACAACUCAGCAUAUUCCGCGUCCACCCACCGUGCUUUGGGUGACGGACGCUCCUCGCUCAGCCAAGAUAGCGGCUCGGCCGAUGGGAGCUGGCACGAUGGCAUACCACGCACUGGGAGAAAUGGUCGGUCGGAAUCCGGAGGAAGCAGUCUCAUGGGUGGACGAGGAGGGUCAUUGGCGCCCUCGUUUGGAGGCCCGGGCAGCUUCAGCGCAGAGCUCAAGAGCAUGCAUUCUCGCAACGUGACCCCCCGACCUGAUGGCGCGUUCAACAGACGUGCAAGCAGGUCUAUCGGCGAGGAGGAUAUUUACUCAACGGAAGAGCGCCAGGCCUAUCUUCGGGACAGAAUCGCAAGGGAGAUGAAGAUCAAGAGCGGGACCGAGAACAUGCUCGAGGCGCUGCUAGCGAAACCACCGAAACAAACCAAAGAACAGCGACUCCGAGUGGAAGGGGAACUGAGUACCUCCAACCGCAAAUUGGUGGAACUUCAACAUGAGCUGGAAGAAGAGAUACUACGUGCGCAGGCGCCGGCAUCGACACCCCCAUCCAGCAGCCGAAUUUCGAGCCUUUUCCGAGCCAGCCCCAUGCGAUCGCCAUCUCGAAACAAGGAUGCUACCAGCUCGCUGAAUGGCGGAGAUGGCGACGAGAUUGGCGAUGAUAUGGAGUCGCCGACUUAUGUUCUCUCUGAAACACUACAGGCACUGGAGAUGGCGGGGAUGUCGCCCGAUUUCUACGUCGAACGAGCAAACAACCUGGUCGAACUCUUCAAACGACAUCCGACCUUGAAAUAUGAUCUUGCAUGGCCUGUUUUCGGACUACGCGUCCAAGUCAUGCUUCUGAGCGACAGUAAAGAGGUGGUAGCCGCUGGAUAUCGGCUUACCCGUUAUGCUAUCGCUGAUCGCAAAUCCCUGCAAACGAUUCGGUCACUACAUACCGAUGAAUUGGUCAUACUCUCCCUGGUCAAAGACACCAAAUCAAGCAUCGAAAGGGAACAGGCACUCAAGUUUGUGCGAGGCUUUCUAGAUGUCAAGGAUGGAGUUCGGGAGGUAUCACGCGCUAUCGUACGAACAAUUGUCGCGGUGGCUGAACAUCAUGAAGACCGUCUCCGAAACAUUUCAAUCAUGACAUUGGCCGAGAUACUGGUAAAAGAUCCCGAAAUGGUUGCAACCGCCGGGGGCUUCGCUGCGCUGCAUGAUGCACUUGCUGAAGGAACGUUCGGUGCCUCCGAAAGCUUGAUUUCAAGCUUCCUGCAUGUCGUGGAUGCCCCGCGCAGUCGAAAGUUCCUGCAGGGAUCGGAACUAGAGGCAGUUCUGACACCCUUUACCGACUCAUUAUCUGAUUCCCUGCGCAGCGGACGGCUGAAGUCUGCAGCCCGGGCGAUCUCCGCAAUGCUUAAGACCUGGCCUGGCCUGGUCAUUCUUGCAAGGCAUGAUUCACAACCGUUGCGCUCACUACUUGAUUCGCUCCACUAUGACGAUCCCUCGGCUCGGGAUCUGAUCAUGGAGCUACUGUUCGACGCCCUGCGAAUCAAACCGCCCUCAUGGUCAUCGUCAUUCCUUGCGGGAAGACGGCUCACAACAUAUGGCAGGGUGUCUAACCUCCGCUCCGAUACUGAAUCAUCAAAGCUUAGUCGCAAUCUCGACGACAGCAAUACUAACAAAUUCGACCUUACUUCCCAUUUCUCUACACUCAUUCUGGCUGGGCUGGUAGAGGCAGGCAUUGCGAAGACCCUCUCUGAUAUCAUCGAGGACGAAACCGAUCUUUCGCUCAGACGAAAGGCUACUUUACUUUUGACAGAAGUUCUCAAGCUUGCUCACCACUCCUUGCCUCAAGCUGUCAGCGCAAAACUCCAAGUCCUUCCUCAUCUUAUACCUCCAGCUAUUGACUUUGAGACCGAAAACCAUGAUCUCUCAACUGCAACGAUCUUCCAAAUUGAUAGCAUCAAUCGCACAUUAGCUCGUUCGGGUGCAUAUCCCAGCGGACAGAGUCGAUACAACAUGGAGACAGACAUGUCGAUCCCUCUGCUGCCCAAUGAACAAGGGAAGGAGAAGUUGAGCCCCGCGAUGGACGAAACACAGUUCCGCAACGCCAUCCUAGAGACGCAUGUCCUCAACACAGUGAACUACACCAAAUGGAAGUGGGAUAUCAUCCAUCGCCUGGUCGAGGGCCCUCUCACCAAUCCAAAACGCAUGGACGAGGCAAUUAAAGGCUCAAAGUUCAUGAAACGUCUCAUUGGAUUUUACCGACCUUUCAAAUAUCGCUUCGCCAUGGUUUCAAACUCGAAAGCGAAUCAGAGAUACGUCCGAACGGGCUGCGUUCUCAUGCGCACUCUAGUCAUGACCCCAGAGGGCACCAAAUACUUAGCGGAGAACAAGUUCCUUCGCCAAGUUGCGGAAUGCCUGGCUCAGCUGGAUCGUAUGAGUGGCCUGACAUCCGAAUCACCACUAUUCUCUCGGGAACAAAUGGCCAACACAUUGAGUGGGGGCUACUUUGCCAUGCUUGGCAUAUUGAGUGCCGAUGCUAAUGGGUUGUUCAUGAUGGAACGGUGGCACAUGCUGAAUAUGUUCUAUCACAUCAUUGAACUGCGAGACCGAAACGAUCUGAUCCAAACCUUGUUAGGCAACAUGGACUACAGCCGCGAGAGUCAUCUUCGGGUCAUGCUGUCCAAGGCCCUCACCAUUGGGUCCAAAGAAAUCCGAAUUUUUGCCACUAGACUUCUGCGAAAAUAUGCCGUUGGCGACGUGUCUUUCUCUCCCAACGUGGCUAUUGGCAAUGCUGAAUGGGUUAUCAAACUUCUCGUCACCCAGUUAUAUGAUCCCGAAGUAACGGUGUGCCAAGUCGCCGUCAAAAUCCUCGAAGAGGCUUGCAACCAACGGGACUAUCUUGAGUUCGUGGUCAAAUGUCGACCGUCCCUCGACCACCUGGGCGAGAUCGGUGCGCCAUUACUUCUUCGGUUCCUGUCUACUUCUGUUGGGUAUCACUAUCUAGAUGGCCUCGACUACAUCACCCAAGAGAUGGAUGACUGGUUCCUUGGCCGCAAUGAUAGCUAUGUUGGUCUCGUGGAGGCUGCGCUUUCUCGGGCUUACGUUGAGCAACCACGACGUGGUAGCCUUGCCCCCGAGGAUUUAGUAGACCUGCAAGACAUCGGUCUGGUACCACCUCAUUUCUACCGAGAACUUGCGAGAACAGCCGAAGGGUGCAAGUUGCUGGAACAAUCGGGCCAUUUCAACGAGUUUGCCUGGACGAUCCGCGAUUUCAGGCUGGAAGAAGAAGACAACGAGAUGCUUCUCAAAGCCAAGGGAUGUCUCUGGGCAGUUGGGAACAUCGGAUCCAUGGAACUCGGCGCUCCGUUCCUCGACGCCGAAAUCAUCCAACGCAUUGUGGACAUAGCCACGAGUGCAGGAGUCCUCACUAUGCGAGGCACUGCGUUCUUCGUCCUCGGUCUGAUCUCGCGGAGUCGACAUGGACUGCGAGUGUUACGAGGACUAGGCUGGGAUUCCGGCAUUGAUCAGAAGGGGGACUCGUUGGGUCUUUGUCUGCCGACUGAUUUCCGUAAAUUGUUCCGGAUCUCAUUCCCUGGCUUUGAUUCGAAAUCGAAGCGCACUCCUCAGGAGAAAAUGAAGGAGGCCACCUCGGACCCCGAUCCGGUCAAUCAACAGAUCCUCAAAUCGAUCGUUGACAUGGGGAAUACUGUGCUCGCCAAACGAGCAGCUUCGGAACUUCACAGGUAUGGUCUUCGUUCGACUCAAUCCAAAGCGCAUUUUCUAACCGUCUUUGUUCCCAGCUUGAAAUCAAAACAACCUGAUAAAUUCCGCCAAGUGGAUCUCUUCCGCAAAACCCUUUGCAUCUUGGAAAGUCAUCAUUUCCGACUUCCAGCCCGUCGCUUUGCCCUCGACUUAUUUGACAAGAGCGUCAUGCGGCGAAUUGUGCUUGAGGAAGAUUCUGACUCUGAAUCAGAUUCCUCGGGCAGCUCUCAAUCCGAAUAG